UCAGCUGCAUCCUCAGCUCCUGGGACAUUUCCUUCACUCUCCAUAGGGAAGCUUCAUUGCUGACGCUACUUGUUAAGCCCAGGAAAACACCGGGUUUGUAAGCUGUCCGGGUUCAUUCAGUCAGCGAUCCGGACCCAAGUCACUGCGGGUGUGUAAGAGAGGAGAGGGAGGUCAACAUGGGCUCCAGCUCCUCCUCCUACGCUCCAAAAACCAUUUACUUGGAUGUGGGUGGGAAGGUGCAAAAGGUGGUGUUCAGUCGACACUGCAGUCCAUUUGACAUCAAGGAGCUUCUGUGUUCCUCAUCAAACAUCCCCAGGAACACUGCCAUUAUGAUGGUGGAUCCAGAAGGUGCCUUGGUCUCCAUUGAUCCCACCAUGCCGGCCAACUCUCCAAACUCCUUGUACAAAGUUGUCCCUCUAUCUGCUGGUCAACUUGGAGAGAAGGAGGACAUGUUUCAGAACGUGUUGUCCCAGGUGGCUGAUCAGUUCAGCAGUUAUGAUUUGACUUUAUCUCACAGAGCCUUUCGCAUCAACGAGCUAAAGACUGAGAUCACCAACAGGCUGGCCAUGCUGGAGAAAAGAGUUGAAUUGGAGGGCUUGAAAGUGGUGGAGAUUGAGAAGUGCAAGAAUGAUCUGAAGAAGCUACGGGAUGAGAUGGCUUCGAGAGGUGGUGGCAGAGUUAACUGUCCAUGCAAAUACAACUUCUCAGAGGACGGGAAGAAGGUCACUCCCAGACGUGAUGUCCCCAAUUAUCCAAAGUACACAUUGUCUCAGGAGACUAUUGAGGCUUUGAAGAAGCCAACGUUUGACGUCUGGCACUGGGAACACAAUGAGAUGCUGAGCUGUCUGGAGUACAUGUACCAUGACCUGGGGCUGGUGAAGGAAUUCAGCAUGAACCCCAUAACACUCAAACGCUGGCUGUUGGCAAUUCAGGAGAAUUACCGCAACAAUCCCUUCCACAACUUCCGUCAUUGCUUCUGUGUGAGCCAGAUGAUGUACGGCAUGAUUCACCUUUGCAACCUACAGGAGAAGCUGACUCUCACUGAUAUGGGCAUUUUAAUGACAGCUGCAGUGUGUCACGACUUGGACCACCCCGGUUACAACAACACGUAUCAAAUCAAUGCCCGCACAGAGCUGGCAGUGCGCUACAAUGACAUAUCCCCCCUGGAGAAUCAUCACUGUGCUGUGGCCUUCCAGAUCCUGUCACUUCCUGAGUGCAAUAUCUUUGCAAAUGUGGAUCCUGAGUCAUUCAAACAGAUCCGACAGGCAAUUAUCACCCUCAUUCUGGCCACUGACAUGGCCAGACACGGGGAGAUACUAGACUCCUUUAAGCAAAAAGUGGACAACUUCGACUUCACUAACGAGGAGCAUGUGACAUGCCUGAAGAUGGUUCUAAUCAAGUGCUGCGAUAUUUCCAACGAAGUGAGGCCAACUGAGGUUGCUGAGCCAUGGGUGGACUGUCUACUGGAGGAGUACUUCAUGCAGAGUGACAGGGAGAAGUCUGAGGGUCUCCCAGUGGCUCCCUUCAUGGACAGAGACAAAGUCACCAAGCCCACCGCUCAGAUUGGAUUCAUCAAGUUUGUCCUCAUUCCAAUGUUUGAAACUGUCAUGAAGCUGUUCCCUCAGAUAGAGGAGAUCAUGGUUCAGCCUUUGAGAGACUCCCGUGAUCACUACGAGGAGCUGAAACAGAUUGACGAUGCCAUGACAGAGGCACAGAAGAAAAAAACUGAAAGUAUGUCAUUAGGCGGGAAGAAGAAGUAAGCUCUGCAGUGAGUGAGUGCAGUUGUAUCUGUGGCUCUUCUUUUGUGAUCAAAUUCAACAAAGACUUUAAAAAGACAUGAGCAGUCUCUCGGUGAAGACAUUCCAGGGCUGCGUGAAGAUGACAAAUUGAGCAGGAGGGAGAGGGAAAAGAGGCAGACUGCUUGGCUACAUACUGAGCUAAACUUAGGCAUCAAAGUGGCAUAUCUUGAACUUUGACUUAGACUUUUGCACUGGAUGUAACAAAGAGGGACCUGCUGACCUCUCUGCAUAUUUAUGGUGUUUAUGUUGUUCUCUCUCUGUUCAUAGAGCCUCAAGAGUUUGAAGGACCCGUUCCUCUAAAAUCGAAUAAUUUUGAGAUUGAUUCACAUUGCAUAUUUUUAAAUAUACAAUGGCUGCUGAAUUGGCCUCACAUAUAGACCAAAUGGACAGGAAAACACUUUCUAACAAUAAUCAUAAUAAUUAUAUAACCAUUUCUGCACCAAAGAGGGAUUUCCUUUUCACCUCACUGUAGCAAUACAUUUGAAAAUGACAUGGUGCACUGAGUGUUUUCCAAAAAGUAAUGCAGCCGUGCACCUUUAUUUUUUGGUCACACACACACUCACACAAACACACACACACACACUGAGUUCCAAUAUCACAAUUCUAGUAUUUGUGUCUUCAAAACAUAACAAGCCAUGUAGGGAUGUAUAUUAUUCAAGAUGUUACACAAUUUGUCUAAUAAAAAUGUUCACAUGUUUGUCUCUCUA